AUGAGGGCGCAGUCAGACCUUUCGCCCUCCUCAGUCAGUGAGCUUCGCUCCAAACUGAAAGGUGUUCGUGUCGAGGUUGGCUCGUUGGUUUCCUUUCGCGACGAACCAGCUUUUGAAAUGGUGAUGCGGUUAAACAAGCGACACAACGGAAAUCUUGUCUCUGCUGUCCUCUCGAAAGGAAAUGCGGCGUGUGGCUUGGGAGGGGAUGCAUCUGGAAGUGGGGAAGGAAUCGGCGAAGGUCGCGUGAUGGCGGACCGAUCCAGACACGUGGAAGAACUGCGCAUGGUUUUCAUCCCAAAAGCCUAUGGCGCUUUUCUCGAGGAUGAGAUGCAGAAGUGGCUGGAUCCAUUCCGUGGUCGAGGCGAAGCAAACAGAACCAAACGAAAACGCGAUGAGGUUGACGACAACGAAGUGACAGACAUUGAUAGCGACGUAGAUACUGAUGAAUGUGACGACGCCGAUUCUUUCCGGUCAGUCUAA